UGUUAAUUAAAAACCUAAACAUGUUUUCGAGCGUUUCAUAUAAAAGAGCCCAUCGCCUGAUCGAUUUCAGUACACUGCUAUUUAUCUAACAAUGGCCAAGAUACAAAUUACACUCGCGCUCGUGACGCUCUUGUACUUAUCUGAAGCGCUCCCAUUAGGAGACAGCUCAGAAUCCUCAUCAGAAGCUAGCCAAACUAGCUCAAGUAACUUAGGAGUGCACCCUCUAUUAACUGGAACCUCUGAGUCAAGUGAUACUGAGGCUACUACUGAAGAAAACUCAACUGGGGGAGUUUUAAUAGAGGAAUCUUACAUAGAAGUUCUUCUACCGGGAUCUCCGCAAGUUAAUGCCAGCGCCCUUGAUGCGCUUUUAGAUGCUUCGAGCCCUAACGCAACAAAAUCCAAACGAAGCGCUCCCAACCAAGAACCUGAGGAACCAAGCCAAGCAAAAGCGUCUUCGACCAUCAAGCCUGUUUUAUACGCACAGCAAAGCCGCGCUGUAAGGGAUGUUUCACUAAACAGAACAGGAAUAGCAAAUAACACAGGGGAAAAUCAGGCAACCAAUUCAAGCGUUCCAGCUGUGCUAAUUCACCUUCCUCUGAGCCGAGCUAGCCGAGAUACUUCCGCCAAGAUUAACGCUCAAGCCAAAAAACCUGAAGCUGAAGCUUCAAAACCGGCUGUUCCUGCCGUCCAAUACAAAACUCGACCGGCCAGAGACAUUUCAGACGAAGAAGACGAUUGUCCCAGUGAAGAAGAUUCAAGCCCAGAAAGUGAGAGUACGGUGCAGAAAGUCCCUUACCCAGCAGGGCAGAGUGAUGAACACCGUUCAAGUGAAGAUUCAUCGGAGGAAGAACCCGCCAAAGAAGCUGCUUCCACCGGAGAAGGUUCUCAACAGCAAAACCCCGAUAGCAGAUAUGCCCGAGCCAUUGCGGAAGAAACCGCCACUGAAACUGGUAGUACCGAAACAGUCGUAUAUAUUACUCCAGAAGCAAAAAAGUUGCCAGUGAACUAAAUAAGCAUUGUUAAGUUGAGAUUUAUGAAGUAAAUUUAAGGUUUCGCCUCUGUAGGUUGUACGAUUUUCUAUGCGUGAAUUAUACGGGCAAAAUUAUA